AUGGCUCCUUCCGAUGUCAAGAAGACCGUGGAACAGACAGCCAGGACAAGCUCAGGGCCAGCCAAACGGCACAAGCCCAGGUCGAAGAGAGCUGGCUCCAACAAUGCUGGCGCAUGGUCAGAUUGGUACUUCAGUGAGGAGCAGAACUGCUUUUGGAGGGCAAGACAAACACAAAAUGGAACAUGGGAUUAUGAGUUCGCGCCAGGCCAUCAAGACCAGGAGACUACACCAACGACCUCAAGCAGCCAACUCGGCCAACCUCUGUCUCCAGUCCCAGAGAGCCCGCCGGCCAGCCCCAGUCUCAAAGCGUCCAUCAAUCCCAGCUCCCCCAAGAGCUCCUGGCGAAGCGUAAUCACGACCUCGACUGGCUUUCAAACCGAGGGCCUGUUCGCUUGGAGCAGCAGGACUCUGACAGCACUCCCCGAGGAGGUGGACUACCUCAUCCAGCCUUAUCCUGCCAGCACAGUAACCUUUGGCAGAAAUACUUUCCUAGCAGCACAGGCAACAGAGUGCACUGGCACCUGCUGGGAACACAUCGACCACGGGCAACUCGUUUCGAUCAAGAACAGGACGACGUCAGCGCUCGCAAAGAAACUACAUGCCAAAGUCAAGUCAGAGAAGAAGCUCAAGGCGAACCCAAAGAGGAGGGUGAAGACGUGGCUUAAGGGGGUCGAGGUUGAUCUGGCGCCGAUUCCACUGGAUAUUCAGGGGCUUCCGAUCUAUCGAUGA